AUGCAAGGUAUGGCGCUAGCAGUCCAACAUUGUGAGCUACCUGUCAUAGUCCAGUCGGACUCUUCUGUCGCCAUCUCCGCCCUGUCGGGCGACAGUUUAUCUAGAUCUGCCUAUGGGCACUUAGUUGCUGAGAUUCGUCACCUUAUGAUAGAUAGAGUUUUCAUUCCUAUGAAGAUUAGUCGUGUGCAGAAUAGGGUAGCAGAUCGUUUGGCCCUGUAUAGUCGUACAGAGCGUACCACUGCUGUAUGGCUUGGCCGAGGUCUAUCGAGGAUCUCUUGCCUCGCGAUUGUAACCCUAUACCUCUGGAAUAAAACUCUUCUAUCAGCGCAAAAAAAAACACAGGUGCAUAUGAGCCCAGGCUAA